AGAGUGUGGCUUUUAAAUGGUGCCCGGUUGACGGCAUAGUCUCGUCUGCAGCAAAAGUAAGAAUUUCCAUAUGCUUUGUGUCCUGUUAUAUGAGGCAGGCAGCUGGAAUGCCGCCUCUGCUACUGUUACCAAAGGCAUCCGAAAUGACAGCCGUGAGCGCCUCACAAACAACUGUGGACAAGAGGCGCAGAGCAGAGCGACAACUCCACUAGAAGACUCCGGUUGUUCCACUGGACACCGGGGAGUGAAGCGGGGAUUCCCGGGGACUUGUGUCUCACUCUUUUUCGUCUCAGAAGCGUCCCGGAUUAAAAUUAUAACAACAAAGACCUUGCAACAUCGGGGGAACCUAGCGAAUGGAAGCGCUCCAGAAAACUUACCGAGGAGACACCAGUCCUUACAGAAAGCUCCAGUCCGACAAGGGUCUUUGUAAUCCCGGGACGCAACAGGAGGAAUCGAAAUACGUGGAUUUGGAUGAUUUGCUUGCCAUGAAAGCGGAAGGUACAAAAACUGUAAAAGUUACUUUUACCGGGGAGGGGAACCAACUGGCUAUAAUUAAAUGCAAUAAUGACGCGCCGAUUUCAGGGGACAAGACAGCAGUCGACUGCAAUCGGAGGGAACAUGCUGCUUACAUCCCCACCAAUGACUGUAAAUAUAAUAAUGAUGAACAUACCGGGCAGGUCAGACCCGAAAAGAGAGCAGCGAGUAACCUUUCGUCCGAAACUGCGUCUUCCCCGGACUCUCCUAACGAUUUCGGGGACUGUGACGAAGUUCCAGCCGACAAACGGGACGCUGUAGGGGAGCAUAAACGGGACUAUCUGCGGCAAAGUUACGACACAAAAAAUACUUCGUUUGAAAUUGAAGAAUUGCAUUACACGGAUAUGUAUUUGGCCAGGAAAAGUGAAUCGGACGACGGCGUAAGCGUGGUUUUAUCGGAAAAUUGCACCCCUAUCUGCGCAGAGGACGAGUCUCACUACAUCACGACCCAUGAGAUACAGCUGUUAGAGUUAGACCACGACGUUGACUACGAUUUCGGCGGCGGAUCCUGCUGGGACAUUGAAGAUGACAACCGGGUCUACUCAUUCGUCGACUACGCUUCUUUUGACAGCGACGAGACGAUCGAGGAAGCGCAGGUAUUAGAAGACAAGACUCUGGCGAAACUGAAAAACAACCAGGGACAAUCUAAUAACACUACGCUCCUGUGUCGUACUAACGGGGCGGCAGUCAGCACUAAGCAAGAACACGAUCCGUGCGACUUGGACAAAUGCGCCAGUCCGGAUGAAAUCCUGUUAAAGCACCAGAACGGCAGUGGGAAUUCUGUGGGACAGAUCCAUCUGUCAAUCAAAACCGCUUCCAGGGCUAUAAACGACAGGCGCAACAGCCUGGACAAUGAAAACCUGCAUUACUGUGCUAAGCACGACGGAGACUUGAACGGCUACGUUUUUAAAAGCCAAAAUGUAAAAGCAGAGGCAACAUGUGACAGGUCGAACUGUUUUAUCCCGGCCCCUGGCCGCCUGCAUAUUGGCAGUAAAUUAAAGGGGAAAGACAUCGCGGAGUACUCCAGUGGGGCAUCCAGUUCAAUAAGCGAAAUGGACGAUGCGGAUAAGGAGGUGCGCAAUUUAACGACGAGGGCCUUUCGGAGUUUAGCCUGUCCGUACUUCGAUGCGAUUAAUUUCAGCACCUCCAGCGAGUCAUCUGCUUCAGAACACGGCUUGGGGCUGAACAGGUGGUCUGCAUUUGUUGAUCUAAAGUGCGGUAAUCUGACGCAGGGAAGGGAGCAAAAAAUGUCCCACAAAAGUUCAGCUUCGACGUUUGAAAUAAACAGUAAUUCAGAGACAAAAGGCAAACACGCAUUACCGUUACCCAGUCAGAAAGGAACCCAGACAAAGAUCUUCGCUCUGAAUAGCAGCCUGCCUGAUCCCAGUGGCACAUCGUCAUCCACGAAGAAAAUUGAAGUAAAGAGCAAAGUGGGCGAUGGGCAGAGUGAGGUGAUAACUUUAACAGAGACUCUGAAUUUUCAUUGUAACAUACUGGCGACUGUUGACGACAGAGACAGGCAUGUGAAAUUUGCGGAAAAUGCUGCGGGAUCAAAUUCGGCGGAUGAAGUUACAAGCACCAUGCCAAGUGAGCCAGGAACUGAGGACAGCCAUCAGACCGGCGAGACAGGGGAGGCCAUGGAUGACACGCAGAAAAAGUCCAUAUUUGCCUCCAGUCUUCUGAAAAAUGUCAUUUCGAAGAAAAUGCAGUUUGAACAGGAACGUAAAAUGGAAAGGGGAGAGAUAUCGGACACAUUCCCAAUUCUGUCUCCAAGCUUCCUGUGCAAAGACCAUGAAAUUCCUAGGGAGAAGGUCACCGCGGAGGAGACUGAGGACCUACAAAGGCAAGCCUCUAAGAUGUUAGAGACAGGGUCAGGGAUUACUAUCCUUUCUCUGGACGAACUCGGAGACAUAGUGGACAGCAAUUCAUGUGAGCCGAAGGAUAACAGGCAAAGAGAUGGAUCGUUAACUAUUUCACCUGAACCUAACAGCGAGGCAGCAAAGGAAAAGCCGGCAGACACGAAGAUAGGAGCUUCGGAGGCGACCAAGAGCACCCUCCACCGUAGCCACAACAGUGCAUUUCGGAACUGGAGGGAAGACGGGCUGGAGUUUCGAAAGGAACAGGAAAGUAAGAAAACUCCAGCUAAGAAGCUAACGUCGUUCACGGACAACUUCGGUAAAGCAAACUUAGACCUCGAAACGGGGAACAGCAGACUAACUAAAAUGUCCCACUUAUUCUUGCCAAGCAUACAGCUUCCCUGCAAAGACAGGGGACAGGCGAAAACGAAGAAUAAACACCCACCCCACAGCAUGACUGGGCAAGGAGAAUUAAGAGACACCAGAUUGAGCUUCAAUAGCACUGGCGCCACAAGCGGUGUUGUGCCGUCAAAGCCGCCUGGAAUCAAAAUAAGUUUGCGGAGUGUGAAGGACAACAAACCAAAUCCGUUCAACAUAGCUAACCUGCUAACUCCGAACAUAGUGUCCAGUGGGACCAGCGCUGUAAGGUCGGCCGGCGACUCCAAAUGCCAAACGCUUAUCACAUCACUGAAGGGAGAGAUGAUGGAGAAAGUGCCUCAUUUCAUAGUCAGAGACAUCAGGGAUACCAAGGGAAAGAUGCAGCCUCCGAUUUACCAGGUUAGAGAUGUGCGUAAGCUGGUCAAAAGUUCUUAUCACUUUGUUUCACUCGAUAAUCAGGAAAACAAACCAGCAGGCGCAGCUGAUUCAAAUGUGGAGCAGAAGGCAUCUAAGGAAGAACCCAUGAGAACCACAGCAUCUCUGUCGCCCCUAGUUAUCAAGUGUCAGUCAGUGAACACAAACAGUAACGCGAAACAACUGGAGAACAUAACUGCAGUCUCGUGGAAGAGGCUUGCGGAGGGUAAACCUGAGGUUGACACGUCAUCUUCCCUCGUGCCUGCAGACGACGCUAAAAAUAGAAGCAUACUAGUGAAACGUGCGACGGGUCGAGUUCCUUUAGCUACCACUAAACAAAAGGUCAUUGACGCAGGUGAAAGGAAAGCCGAGUCGAAAGUGGCUAACCAGGCUGCCAUAGAGAAACUGAGGGCAGCGGUCAAAACGAUGGAACAGCUCUACGUCUUCGAUCGGAAUGAAUGGAAACGUAAAAUCCAGGCCCCCAGGCCAGUUACAGACAGCCACGUACUUUCACUUAUUACCAGUGCGGAACAAUUAACUACAGGAAAAUCGGAAUGCGGAGCAGAGCCCGGAAACCCGACUGGUUGCGCAGCGGCAGGUAACGAGAAGUUAAUCCAAGCAAACUCCCACCGAAACUCAAAUCAGUCAUCCCCAACAUUGCCUGCUGUUCCCACUCCAGAAGAAAAGGAAUUUCUUAAAACGUUACACAUCCCAUUUAAUCAAGAGGAAAAACAUUCAUUUAGAGUAGCAUCUCAUCAAAGCGGACUUUCCAGUAGCAAAACAGCAUUCCCGAUGGGGGAUAAAACUAGGAUCAUCAGCAGCAGUAACAGCAACGAUAAAGUUCUCAUGUCGUCAGCACAUCCUCGUACCAAAUGCUCUGCCUCUAAAAGCCCAGAAGCGCCUCUGUCAUUAAAAAUAUCUCAAGCUAGGUCUGCAGCAGAGGAGAAAGAGACGCCCAGUUCCAGUGAAGGGAACCAGUCGGCCCUCUGUGAUUCUGAGAAUUACCUGACUAUACCCGUUAAAUGUCACGCCGGCAGAGAGCCGAUGAACAAGUCGACUAGUACAUGGUCAUCCACUAGUGCCAAGCACCAGGACCAAAGCCCCGCCAGUCACUCUACCAAAGCCAACGCAAGGAGACACAGCAGGCCGACAGCCAACAAAAUUGUCAUCUCAGAGACACGGUCCCCAGACUCCCCUACUGCUACCAUCUACCAUCACUCCCUGCCCUUGGCAGCACAAGGUGUGCAACCACAGGUCCUCUGCUUUUCACAACCAGUGCCUACGGCAACGGCGACACCAUCGGCCGAGUCCUUCCAGCAGACCCAACGGAAGAUGCUACUAGAUCCCACCACAGGGCACUAUUAUCUGGUGGAUACCCCAGUCCAGCCAACUACGAGGAGGCUGUUUGACCCCGAGACCAGACAGUAUGUCGAUGUCCCCAUGUCACAGCCAUCAGUGACUCCCGUUCCUGUGUCCGUCUCACCUCUGGCACUCAGCCCCAGUUCAUAUAGCCCUGCCUACAUGAUCUACCCAGGCUUUAUGCCCUCAACGGCCAUGCUGCCCAGCCAAACGCCACCAGAGACAGACAGCGGUGUAGACAAGCUCGCCAGCCAAGAGGGCACACAUGGGGGGCAGUCAAUGGACGCGGUAUGCUGGGAGAGCCCUUACUGUAGCCCCACAAGGUGGUGCCCACAAGGCGCUACCAAACCCCAGUUUAUCACCGGCAGGGGCUCCGAGGCCAUCCAGUGUCCCUCUGAUGGAAAGCCUAUCAUCAGUAUUACAACGCAGCAAGGCCCAAGAAUCAUUGCUCCACCAUCGUUUGAUGGAACCACUAUGAGUUUUGUUGUAGAGCACAGGUAAACUGCAGGUGAUUUUUUACAUGGACAAUCCAUGAAGUUUUCCUGCAAUUCCCACAAUCGCCUGGUUUUCUUGAGCCAAUCCUGGCACGGCUUGGUUCGAGGUCAUCAGUCAGGUCCCACUGCUGACCCGCCCAGUCGCACCUCCUCUUUCAACCUGCUCAAUUCCCUUAUGCCCGUCCUUCCGCAUUUAGCCAACUCUCCCUUUCGAAUUUCCCUUUGACUGUUGCAACCAAGUUGCAAAGCCAUUGCUAAAAAAAUGUAAUGCAUGCCAGUCACUUCACCAUUACUACAACCUUCGUUGGCAUGAACAAGCCAGGAAAAAAAAUAUCUUGAGUAUGUGUGCAGCAAAUGAAACUGUACACCCCAGUACACUCCAAAUCCUACUCUUUCAUUCGUAGAUACAUAGUCUUUGGGUGGUUGGCAAAAACCCUCGUACGAUGCUGCUUAAUUGAGGCAGUACAGACACACUUGCUGGACAUUAUUACCGAAUGGUAAUGGCCUAAUGAUGAUGCUUUCUAGGAGACCUCAAUAGGAUGGUUGUGACCGUGCUCUGGAGAACAGUAUGCAAGCAGUCCUGGGAAAUGCGGAGCUCAGGGGAAUCCCAUGCAAUCAUCAAACUCUGCUUUGCAGAGUGAAAUAAAGCUUAACCAACAGUAUAGAUUGCUGUCCUGCGCACUAAACAACUUCUGUUUUUGGGAAGGCUGCCACCAGGCUGCAGUGGGGCAGUGGCAUACCCUUCGGGCCAGACGGCUUCUAUUCGUUGCCCUUCGGCUUAAGCACAGCGCCAGACCCCUCUCCCCUCCUUGGUCUCUGAAGAGGGUCCACCUCUCAUGUAUCCCCGCAGUGUACAUUAUCAUGAUACAAGGCAGUGUACGACACAUGGGUUACAGCAGUGUGUAUGUGAGUAUGGACACCCUCUGUGCAGCCCUGUGUUUGAUGAGGGGCCGAGUGCACUGCAGAAUGGCAUGUGCUCUCAGCAGCAGGAACUCCAGCCUAACUUUGGCUCCGAAUCCAGGGAGUUGGGCCUGUGCCUUUACUUUGGCAAAAGUUACCAAAGUAGUAGCAGGUCCAUGGAGGCACCUGCUGGGACUUUUUAGGGGAAAGUCUCCUCUAUGGGUCCCAGGCUCUGACCCCCAUAUAAGGGGAAGACCUGCCGCUAGAGAGGGUGGAUGUGUGUAUGUGUGAAUUUGCAUGUGUUAAGGUUAUCGCUGUAGCUAUAAAUGACCAUGUGUCUCUCUGUCUGAGUACAAAGGAGGGGUAUCAGACCUGGCAGAGCAACCCUGGAAGAAGCUAUUUAGCCCAUGGGACUGCCAUUCCCCGAGAAUCUGAAAAGAUGGCUGCUGCAACCAAGGAAUUUUAGGCCAGAAAUCAAAAAAAUACCCGCAAAUAAACCAUUAGGUCAAGCAUUUGGGUCAAAAAACUAAUAAUGUAUAAAUGCGGUCAUACUCACAUAACCCAGCAUCUUUGGUGGUUUUUGAAAGAGCAAAACUUUAAACGUGGGCGAGCAACCUCAUAUUUCUACCGGUUAGUUUCACUCCGACUGUACAUUUUCCAUGUACGCAUACUCCGGCUAUUUUUCAGAAUUUGAAAUGAAUUUCCUGGCUUCCUGGCGACCUGUAUUUUUUUGGUACAAAAUUUAAGAGAAAUAAAACAAACUUGAAUAUUAAAAAUAAUACUGGGGCUGUAAUCAGCUGAGCUGAGCAAGUUUUAUUUACAAAAUAAAACUGAAAACUGUGUGGCGUAUUAUUUAAGUCCCACUGCUGAGCCACCUGACAUGCUAAGCAGCAUGUCCCGCCAAUGUAAGAGAGGCCAACGUGAAGCAUUUCUAGAUCCACGGUUAGCUAAGCAUAGGUUGGUGUUAUGUUUUUCUUUUUUGUUACACUAAAAUGAAAAUGAAUCACAGGUACUCUAAACUGCUGGUCAGUCCGUUUACCUGAAGAACCUGUAGAAGUAUUUUGUUUAAAACCAGCACUCUCACGCCAUGUGUCUCUGUCAGUGAGAGUGUGGCUUUCAGUCGAUUCCCGAGGACACAAAAUGGGUUUGCACAGCGCCUUAUUAAACAAAAUAAUAAUAAACUGUUGCACUUUGAAAGAUCUUAAGCUGAAGUUCCUGCUAUAUUUACCAUAAUCUAUUUUUAACUUCAGAUUGAGGUUUCCUAAUAAUAGGAGCUAUUGAGACAAGUACUGUUGAUAAAACGCAUAACCUCAUUCAACAGCCACAGCAGAUUGUCAUGUAAACUGUAAUAUUUCGGUCUCUGGACGUUGUGAUAAACUGUGUUCUCUUUGUGUUUUUUUUUUACACAUAGAAAUUACUGCUGUCAUAAAUAUUGAGGUAAUUUUGAAAUGGUUGAUUGUGCAUAAUGGUCUGUGCACUCCCUGUGUGCUGGAAGAAGGAAUGAAUGUCACACUUUGGAAUACCGUUAAUCUCUCAGGCCCCAUGGCUGCGAAACCGUAUGUAGCUUCUGUUGUUGUUUUUUCUCAAAAUGAAACCUGUAUAUGUGAGUGAACCCCCCCCCCAGAUCCACAUUCAGACAGAAAAUUACUAUCUUAAUGCUUGAAGGCACCUAAAGACCAACAGUGGAUCAAUGUUUCACUACAGUCUCAACCUAGCAAUGCAGCACAUAUACCUGGUUAACCAAGGUGGAAGUACAUCACUUGAAAUUAAGAAAAAGUGCCUACAAUUCCUUCACAAGGUCAGUCUGCUGCUAAUCAUUAAAUCUCAGAUCCUGUUUCUGUUUCACAUCGUACCUGACUUUGUGCCAGCCUUGUUAUUGGGCAAGAUUUCUUUUUACUGUGAGGUGCACCUUAUCUGAGCCGUGAAAACCCAAACUAUUAUUGUUUGGAUGCAUCGAGUUUAGGGAAAACUUGUGGUUCAUGGGUUUUCAAGAGUUUGUACAGUGAGCCAAGCCUUGCUGGGAUAAGGACCCCUUUCAUAAAAAGGAAGAGGUAUAAAAUCCCCUGUAUCAACACGAACCUCCAGUUUGAAGUUUUGGGCUUGGGGGCAAAGAAUUAUAAGGUCCAAUGUUUACUUGGUGAAAAAGACACUGUGGCCUGAAGUGUUUUUGAGAUGAAGGUUGAACUGGACAAUGUAAUGUGGCGAAGGUAGGAGAGACGUAUGUGAAGACCUCAAAGGAUGCUUUGUAGAAGAAUCGGUUGGCAUAGGUUGGGAGAGGUCUGGAAAGCGGCAUUCUCCCGACACUCGAAGAUGCCAACAUCGUGCUGCCAAAUGGAACUGGAAUUCCUGGGAAACGACGGAUUCCUUGAAAAGACGAGGGACAGCAAACGGACUUUGGUGAAUGAGGUUCCGCAGAGGAAUUACAAGGGGAAAUGGCGAGAAAAGUGCUGUUAGAAUGAAUAUGUUGAUUUUGCAAGCUGGUGUACAUUGAGACCGAUGCCUAAAUGAUGUACUAUUCCACCACA